GCGGCCGCGGGCAGAAGAGGCGCCGCUCCGAGAUGAGGCCGCUACACCAACUGCUGCUCUGCGCCAAGCUCCUCUUCGUGACGUGCUUAGCCUACAGGCCGGUGUUCAUCAUCCAUGGCGUCUGGGACCUGAGAUUCAGCCUCGACUUUCUGGCCGAGCAUAUAAAACAGUAUCACAUUGGGACCGAGGUUCAUGUAAUCGACAUACUGCAUGGAUGGCGUUCCCUUGCCCCUCUGUGGUACCAGGUGAAGACCUACCAUGCCCACAUGCUGCCCAUCAUGCGGGAGGCUACCGAUGGCGUCAUACUCAUAGGUUACUCACAAGGUGGCAUCAUAAGCAGAGGUAUUGUGGAAACUACAGACCACAACAUCACUACCUUCAUCUCCCUCUCGUCUCCUCAAGCUGGACAGUAUGGAGAUGGAUUUCUUCGUCUGAUAUUUCCACAGUAUAUAAAAGAAACUGUAUAUGAGGUGUUUUACUCCCGAGUUGGCCAGAGGAUAUCUGUCGCAAACUACUGGAAUGAUCCCCACCACCAAAAGUUAUAUUACAAGUUCAACAACUACCUCCCAUACAUAAACAACGAAAUCAACAGUUCCUACCAAGAGGAUUACCGACAAAAUUAUUUAAAGCUGAAGAACCUUGUUUUGAUUGGAGGCCCAGAUGAUGGUGUCAUUACUCCCUGGCAGUCCAGCCACUAUAGCUUUUAUGACAGUCAAGAAAAUAUAGUUGAAAUGAAGGACCAGACUUUCUACAAACAAGAUUUGUUUGGACUUCAUACUCUGGACAAAGCUGGGAAGGUCAAGAUCUAUGAGGUGCCAGGAGUGUAUCACACAGAGUGGCAUCACAAUGUUUCAGUCAUCAAGAACUGUAUCCUGCCAUGGUUGGACUAGACUUCAUAUUCCCAUUUUCAAGUUUUUGCGUAUCUGUGUACAAAUGUUUCAUAUUCAGUGUAAAUAAUCAGCAACUUCAGGGAAAAAUGCACUUGACUGAGUGCAGAGAAUUCAAGUUGUAGCCGUACUCAUAUUUCCUGAGUUAAAAAGUUUGUUUCCUACUUACGAAAGUUUACUAAUAGGGUAAUGAAUCUGCAUUGCGAUCUUGAAUAAUUUCAAGUAUACAAACAUCACUGUACGUGUCAUCACCUGAAGACAUGCAAUGCUAAACUGUGGAUAUAGUUUUAAGCGCUAACACUUUGGAUCUGAGUAUCGGUGAUCACAUUCAAAUACGGGUGUCUUGGAAUGCUUCAGCUGUGAUUUAGACCAAACUUUCAUUUAUAAGUCACUACAUGAAGUCUUUAUAGCCAGGCUAAAACUUGUAAAAAUUCCUGAUGCUUAAUUCAUAUUCCAGCCUGGCUCACCUCACACUACUAAUAUUAUUUUGUAUUAAUAACUCUGGGUGGUUUAGGUGUUUUUAUUAGUAAACAGGAGCUGCUGAAGCAUACAUUUUUAAAAACAAGUUUUGAUGCUUUAUUCCUCAUGCUUUGAGCAUAAGCAAAAAAAUAAUGAUGCAGAUUUUUCUUGGAUUUAAAAACUGAAAACACACAGGCAGAGAGAAAACUAGAGUCUGCUGCUGUGGCCACCCACUCAAGGGACGGUCCCUGAGGAAACAUGGUAUCAGAAAAAACUUCCCAGGUUUUACUUACUCCAGGCAAUUAACAAUCCUAGAAUCAUAGACACAAACAAAGUUUGAAAGCCUAUGAACGCUUACCAGUCUUUUAAUUCAGAGGAAUCAUUUGCGAUUAUCACUGUUAGAGAAGAAACAAAAUUUGGCUGAACAUGAAUAAAGUAUUGAUAAUAUGAUAUAUACAUUAUAAACAAGCAAAAUUUGAAAAGUACACAAUGAAAUGGAAGAAUAUGUAAGAAGAAAAUAUUAGACAGUGCCUUUUUUAUUUGUUGCAGAGGGAAAUAUCAAAGCUUGAGGUAACAGUGGAAAAUCCCUCCCCCAUUUGUGGCAAUCAGGACAAUGUGUGUGUGGGUGUAUAUGGGGUUGAAAGUAGUCAGUUUAGUUUUACUAGUGUCUGUAUGUCUGAUGGCUGUGAUUCCUCUAUUGUAUGAUUUGCAAAAUUAUCUGACAAUAUAUAGUCAUGCCAGAUAAACUUUAAUAUGAGCUUAGAAACAGUAUCUACAAGGAGAUUCAUAUUUAUACUAGUUUUAAAAUUGAGAGAUUAAUACUUUCCACUUUCAUGGUACUCAUUUUGCAGCCUAUUUUUAUCUAUAUCUGAUGCCCUGUACCCUGAUGUUAACUUCCUUCAGAUGGGUGGCCACAGCAGAAACCUCUCCAACUCUCCUUGUUACAGUACUCAUUCUCAGCACAUCCUGUCCUUUGCUUGCCAACUCCCUCUCUCCAAUUCUACUGAUCCAUUUCACUUGUGGUCUGCCCCUGACACUCCCUCAACCCUAUCCUCAUUCAUGCUUCACAAAGUUAUGAUCAUUCACUCUCACUCCCUUUGCUGUUAUAUCUAUACCAAAACUCUAACAUAUUUUCAUUACUAUCUUCAUCCUUUCUCAAAAUACCGCAUGCAUGUUUUAUGUAACGCAUUUACAUUGAAGAGCAGAAUUAACAGAAAGCUAAAACACCUCACGAAAGAGUAUGAACUGUCCUCAUGUAAAAGGUUAAUAAAAGCUGUUUGUAAGACAGGUGCUUGUGGUGGCUACAGAGUUAAGCAAGAAUAUGACACAGUGAUAUACAGAGACUACAUAAAGCUAGUCAGGUUAGAUAUGAAAGUUUCUGUGAACUAGUUAUCAUGAAAGAAACAAUUUAUGUAUUCUGAUUAGUGGUACAGCAGUUGGUUUGUGCUGAGUAAGACUUGCUGUUUUAACCACUUGUUUGUUCUUUCAGUAGGAAAUAUAGAAUUUUAAUUGUAACCUUAGGAUCCUGCUAAUUUGUGUCUAGUGUUUUGGGCUGUGCUCAAAGAAGGCCAGUUACUAUUUGUUCCUUUGAAUCAGUCAUGUGUUGUGUCAAAAAACUAUCAGUCUGUUCCCCUUAAGAUUCCCCAUCAUGGUCAGUACUUCUUAUUUGUUUGCUUUGGGAUGUAUCCACCUGACUCAAGUCAUCUUUGUUGGUGGUGGAAUUAUCCCUGAUAUGGAUCUGAGGUGGGUAUAUGGAUACUUAGCUAGUCAAUAGUUUAAGUUCUUGACACACCAUAGCCUCCAUAUAGUUUUAUGAUAACCCUUCAUAUUUUUCAGCCGAAUAAAAAAAAACAUUAAUAGGGUAUGUGCAGUCUUACAAGGAUAACUAAUGGAUUCUUAUGUCAGCUUUUUUUUAUAUAAGAAAUCUUUGGUGGAGCUCCCUUUAUAAAAGGAAAGCAAUGGUAUUCAUAACAAAUACAUUAUCUAGCUAUUAUCAUUAAGAUUUUAUUCCAUAUUUGUGG